AUGGCAAUAAACUAUCUAAUUCUGCUCUCUCGCCAGGGCAAGGUGCGUUUGGCAAAAUGGUUCACGACGCUCUCACCCAAGGACAAGGCCAAAAUCAUCAAAGAUGUCACCCAGCUCGUCCUCUCGCGACGGACACGGAUGUGCAAUUUUCUCGAAUAUAAAGAUUCCAAAGUCGUGUACCGUCGAUACGCGUCCCUCUUCUUCAUCGCCGGCUGCUCAUCGACCGACAACGAGCUAAUAACACUCGAAAUCGUGCAUCGAUAUGUCGAGCAGAUGGACAAGUACUACGGCAAUGUCUGCGAGCUAGACAUAAUCUUCAACUUCCAAAAGGCCUACUUCAUCCUCGACGAGCUCCUGCUGGCAGGAGAAAUGCAGGAAAGCAGCAAGAAGAACGUGUUACGGUGUAUCAGCCAGCAGGACAGCUUGGAAGACAUGGAAGUUGAACAGGAUAUUAUUACGAAAAUCAUGUAG